AUGGUUCAGACUGACGGAAAGACAGAAGCUGAGAUCAAAGUGACCUUCUCGCUUACGAACACCAUCUAUCGCCGGUCAGCACAGCUCUCCGAGCAGCCAAAGAUGAUCGUGACGACGACCUUGAUCUCACCACCGACCUUGGCCGUGGAACUGCGUGGUGAAACGGACAGCGGCACGAUCCUUGAGAGCGGCUUCAGGAUGGAGCACUUCGAGUUCUUCGACCUCACGACUUCGACUAUGCUCAAGCACAGCCUGUUCCCGGGAACGUGCGAUCCUCGCGAGUCUGUCGGUCAGUGGGGUGUUGUUGAGCUACAUUCCUCGAAAGCGCUGGUGACAAGCCAACAACUUGAAGACAUGAGUCCUCUUGCAGAUCCUAUCCGUGACCUGAAGGCAGGACAUGAGUACCGGCUUCGACUGAAGAGAAUCCCCGGAUAUGCCAUGAGCAUGGCGGAGCUGUUCGGCGAAAAGCAGUAUGUGGACGUUAGAAAUCUGCCAGAGACUGUGGUGGUCGAACUGAAGAGUGAUGAUGAAGUCAUCCUGGCAGUUGAAGAUUGA